AUGAAACUCAUUGUCGCCGGGUCAUCGGGUUACGUGGCCGCUGAGGUCAUCCGUCAGGCCCUGUCAAACCCAGCCAUCACCUCCGUGGUGGGUCUAGGCCGGCGCGCAACCCCGGAGCCACAGAACCUCGAGCCUACGGCCAACAUCGCAAAGUUCAAGUCCGUUAUUCUGAAGGACUUUGGCGCCGAAUAUCCCGAUGACGUGAGGAAAGAGUUUGCCGAGGCCGAUGCCUGCAUCUGGACAAUCGGACUGGUCCCAAACAAGGCGAUGUCAACGUCUCUGGAAGAGGCGGGCAAAAUCUGCCGCGACUACCCCGUCCGGGCCGUCGAAACCAUUUCCAAGCUCCGCCAAGCUGCCCCUGAAAGCGAGGCGAAGAAAACUCCCUGUCGCUUUCUCUACAUCAGCGGCAGCGCCGCUGAGCGUGACCAGACCAAGAAGCCGCUUAUUCUAGGAGCAUAUCUCCUAAUCCGUGGCCAAGCAGAAACAGGCGUCCUGAAGGCAGCCGAAGCCUCCAACGGCACGGUGCAGGCGGGUAUUUCCAGGCCGGGCCUCAUCACGGCGAACAGCGGGGUGGUGCCGGUAUUGCAGCGCGGUGUGAUGGCGACGUUUCGACAACCUCAUGUAAGGCUCAGCGAGAUCACGGCUACGCUGUUGCAUCAGGCUGUUGAAGGGGUUGAGAACGAUACGCUGCAGAAUGGGGACCUGGUGAAGAUUGGGCAGAAGGUUUUAGGGCAGAAGAAGUAG